AUGACGAAACAACCCUGGUGGAACAACGAACUGCAACGUCUUCGGAAUCGUUUGCGCAAAGCUCGGAAACGAUAUUUUCGGUCGAAAUCGGAACAGCAUAAAGUUGAGCUACGUGACUUAGAGGGCGAAUAUAACUCUUUGCGCGCGCAAUGCUUUAGCUGCUACAUUCGUCGAACCGAGGAGAACAUCAAGGACGAUCCAAGCACUUUUUGGUCAUUUGUUAGGAGCCGGAAGCAGAUGAAUGGAAUUCCUCAGCGUGUCUGCUACAAUGGAGUUACAGCUGAAACGUCACUCGAUUCAGCACAUUUGUUCUCGUCUUACUUUCGGAGCGUGUUAAGUGAAAACCGAUCACCUUCGUCUGAAGCGUACUUGGACAGUUUGCCGCGUUAUGACCUCAACGUUUCGCUAUUCAGUUUUUCAACAGAUGAUGUGCUGAGAAAGCUUCAACAGAUGGACAACUCUAAAAGCAUCGGACCUGAUCGACUUUCACCAUUUUUUAUUCUAAACUGCGCUGCCUCGCUGAGCGGUCCCAUUUCCAUGCUCUACAAUCUUUCAAUGUCGGAAGGUACGUACCCGUGA